AUUAUCUCCCUGUCUAAGUUUCAGUUUCUUUUCCUCAGAGAAGGCGUUGCCUCUGUCGCUUUAUCGUCUGCAUUACUCUGUGACUGCUGUUGUCCUCCACGUCUGGCUUCGGGCAGCAGCUACCAUGCAGAAAGAAACAGCAAAACCACCCAGCUUUACUUUUGGACAAGCCAAAGAUGUCACGUCUUCUUCUGUGCCGGCUCUAUCUGCUUUUGUCUUACAAGACACCAAAGACAUCCUCAAAACUGCUGCAGCUGCCCCUACUAAAGAGAAACCAAAGAAAAGCUCCAUUUUUGCAUUGCCAGUCACUCAAAAGGCCCCUGAGCUGGUAGCAGAUUCUCAAGAUGUUCUUGGCUCUGCUGCAACAGUCACUACAAGCAGUAGAAUGACGAGAGACCCUCUGUUUUUGUUUUCAUCUCAACAGAAGUCGGAGAGUCCAUGGAGGCAUGUAGAGUGGACGAAAGAGCAGAAGACAAGCCUGAUGAAGACCAUCAGCUCCUACAGACCGAGUUAUGAGGAGGCGACCCGAGCUCGGGUGCUCCUCCUGGGCCCGGUUGGAUCUGGGAAGUCCAGCUUCAUCAGUUCAGUCCAGUCGGUGUUUAAUGGUAGAGUGACAAACAGGGCUAUGGUGGGCUCCUCCUCCACCAGCUUCACCAAGAAGCUGCAGUCAUUCAACAUCCAUGGUCAGAAAGGAGAAGAUCCAACUGGACUGGUUCUGUGUGACACCCUGGGCCUGGGGUAUGGGGAGAUGACGGGACUGACACUCCAUGACAUCCUGUCCAUCAUUAAAGGCCACGUACCUGAAGGACACAAGUUUAGCCCAGACCAGCCGGUGAGGUCUGAGACUGUGGGCUAUGUGAAGAAGCCAAGCUUCAAGGAGAAGAUCCACUGUGUUGUUUUUGUGGUGGACGCCUGUCAAGUCCUGACCUACCCUAAAAGCCUCAUCACCACCUUCCAGCUCCUCCGAGAGCACAUCAGUGACCUGGGUGUUCACCAGGUGGCUCUACUCACCCAUGUUGACCAAGUGUGUCCAGAAACCGCCAAAGAUGUCACUAAGGUUUACGGGAGCCGAGUCAUCAAGGAAAUGAUGGGUAAGGCUGCAGCUCUGUUGGGUAUGCCCACCUCCUACAUUGUCCCUGUGAAGAACUACUCAUCAGAGCUGAAUGUGGAUGUGAACACCGACGUUCUUCUGCUCAGUGCUGUCGACCACAUCCUUCAGUACGCUGACCUGUACUUCCAGGACAACACGCCACAAGAAAAAAUAAUCUAUUAAUUGUAAUGGCUGCUUUGAUUUGUAAACAGGCUUUAUUUAAAAAAAAAAACAGUUGAAAGUAAAUUUUAAACUCAAA